AUGAGAGAUUUCAUAAAAUUUCUAAUUGCCGGCCUGGUCGGUUCCGGCCUGGCCCUGGUCAUUGCCCUCCCCAUUCUACUAAUUGAUAACUCUGACGAUGUGCCGGCAAACGACAAUGGCGACAACGAUUCCUCCUCCAAUUCUGGCCAGGUCUUCCCUGACAACGACUUUUUGAAGUUCGACGACGUCUGGACUGGUAAACUCUCUUCCAAAUCAUUCAACCCAACCUUCUCCGCUGUGAACCCAAACCAGUACAUUUGCACCUCAAGAAAACAAGACGGAACUGGAACUGAUUUACCAGAUGGAGAAUUCGAACUCUACCGGGUCGACAUCGAACUUUACGAUGCUGUUCAACAAGGCGAUUGUGCCAGUUACGGAGAGCGAAUCACCAACAGUACCAAGUUUAGCAAGGAAUACAAAACUGCCGGAGGCCAAAGAUAUUACCUUUCUCCAAAUGAAAAAUACAUCCUCUACAGAAAUAACUACCAAAAGCAAUGGCGACACUCCUUCUUCGCUGACUAUUACAUCUGGGAUAUUGAAGCUGAUCAGGAAUUGAAAACUGCUCACAUUUCUACGCAUAAACAAGCUCAAUUUGCUGGCUGGUCACCAAAUGCCGAAGGAGACACCAAGCUCGUUUGGGUCACCAACAAUAAGGAUAUCUACUACAGCACUGACAAUGACAAGUUUGCCACUGGCAAUCGAGUCACUAACGAUGGUGGCUGGUGCUUGAAAAAACAUCACUUGCUCGGCGUUGAAUACGAAACUGUUUCCGACAAGUGCAUGUACAACGGAGUGCCUGAGUGGAAUUACGAAGAAGAAAUGGUCAGUUCAACCAACACGAUCUACUGGGCCCCUGAUGGUUCUCACUUCACAUUCGUUGCUUUUGAUGUUACUGACAUUCCCGUUCUUGAAUACAGUGUGUACCCUGAACAUGAAACCGCCUCGAGUGCAAAGGAUAUUGAUGAAACAACAUUUGAGCAGUUCCCACGAGUAAACAUACUUCAAUUCGCAAAGACUGCCGGCCCCAUUGCCAAGACUAAGUUCUGGAUUGUUGAGGCCAAGCCUACUGGAUUCAAUAUCAACAACGACAAGCUCGAACUUGUUCCAACUAAAGAUAAUACUCUCAGAUUUGAGCGAGGAGUCGGAAAUGAUCAAGAAAAUCGAUAUUUCACAAGAAUUUCCUUCUCUCCUGAUAGCUCAAAGUUUGUGAUGACCUGGAGCAGCCGAGCUGCGACUCAGUCUAAGUCUAUUGUCUGCGCCGUUUCCACCACAGGUGCUGGCUGCAAGCAACAAGGAGACGGAGAAGUUGGAGGUGUCUUCGGUAGUUUUGACAACAAUGGGGAAUGGAUAAAUUCCGCCAACAAUGGAGCUGGUCAAGAAAAUAAAUACCACGGUUGGGUUGGAUCUUUUGGUCCCUUCAGCCCUAUCAUGGCCGAUAAUGGCGAAUUCUUCACGAUCCAUUCCAAGAAAACUACCAAAAAGUCAGCGGAACUCCAUCCAUUUGGAAUGGAAAUCCUUGAUGGAUAUUGGAAUGUCGUCAAAGUUGCUGCUGAUGGCACCCAGACUUUCCUGACUGACAGCGUUGAUGGAGAAUGGACCGUCACUGAAUUGAACUUCCACGAUACCAAGAACAAUUUCUUGUACUUUACUGCCGCCCGUGGCGCAGAUAUCAAAACUGAGUAUAAACGACAUGUUUAUCGAGUCAAGACGGAUGUUAAUUCUCCUCAAGCAGAACCCGAGUGUGUUACCUGCAAGCUUGAUCAAGAGGAUGCCAACGGAAACAGUCACUGCGGAUGGGUUAACUUCAGACGUAACUGUCAGCAGACAGUGGACGAUCCACAGGCAAACAAACGCCCGAUGACCUAUCUAUCUCGCGUCGGUCAAGAUUUUGGUACUGAAGUCAAUUUCGACACGUACGAAGAGAACGAUGCUCUCCAAGCCACACUCGAUGAGAUGAAGGGUUACCCCACUGUCAAGCGAGGAAAAUGGAAUAACUCAAAGUGGGGCGGUCUCCAGCAUAAUUAUGAGAUUUAUCUUCCAAAGAGCUACAGCGAGAACAACGACCGAAAGUACCCCGUCUUCCUCGAAGUAUACGCCGGCCCAGAGUUCCAGAAAGUUCAGCAGACCUUCAAGACCGGUUGGGCUCAGGUUCACAUGCCCGCCGCUUACGAUUGCAUCGUCGUUUCCAUCGACGGUCGAGGCAGUGCCUUCCAGGGUGAUCUUUUCAUGUUUGCCAACUACAAGGCACUCGGUCAAACCGAACGAGUCGAUCAGACUGACUUUGCCUACUGGCUCGCCAACGAGAGUGAAUAUGCCGCACGAAUCGACAAGAGCCGAAUGUCCGUCUACGGCUGGUCCUACGGUGGAUACACUACCACUCACAUCGUUGGCUACGGCGGUGGCGAGCACGGGCGGGUUUUCACUAGCGGUGUUGCUGUUGCUCCUCUUGCUGACUGGCGAUUUUACGAUGCUAUGUACGCUGAGCGAUACAUGGACUACACAGGAGAAGCCGACGAGAUCAUGCAGCCCCACUGGAAGAACGCUUCAAUGAUCGAACGACCUAUCCUUGAAAACGAGAUGCAACACUUCGAUGGAGGAAACUACCACUUGAUCCACGGAACCAACGACGACAACGUCCAGUUCCUUAGCGCCGCUCGAAUGGAAAAGGCCCUUGUUGAGCGAGGAAUCGACUUCGACAACUUUUUCUACGCCGACGAAGAUCACUCGAUCCGAUCGACUCAGACUGUCCAGCAGCACGUCUACAGAAACAUCAUCACAAGAAUUAUCAAAUCCUGGGGUUACGUCUGGAACGGCGACGGCGAAGGAGCCACUCGACUUUAG